UACGAGUACGUACGUACGUGCGCGAUCGAGGUCGAGGUUAUAUUGGCUUCUUACGCAAAAUAUCUAGAUUGUGUGCACUUCAAUUCAAAGAUGGACAGGUAACAGCAUUCGCAGGAGAGACCCCCCAAAAAGACCCUUUAAAUUCGUCGUUCUCAGGGAAGGACACGAAGUGCUUGGAUGAUCUACAUAAUUUGAAUUAAAUUGAUUCUUAUCACUGCCAUAUUCAGCAUACAUGUACAUGUAGUUAAUGUCAAACUGUAUGAAUAACUCACACCAUUAAAUAAACCUGAAGAAAGAGCCAUGGCCCACAUCGCCCGCAUGAAAUGUCCGUUCCUGAACCGCCUACCGACUGGGUUUGCCAAGCGAGCAGGCAAUGCCCUCUUUUCCUACGCUGAGAAAUGCCCCGUGAUGAACCAGUUGCUCUCUCGUCAUGCUUCCACCAAUCAGCAGGAUUCAGAAAACAAAUUGGUGGAUGAGAAUGAGAAGACUGCCAGGAAGUGUCCCUUCUUAGCUCAGAUGGAAACCAUGAAGAAGUUUGCUCCUGUUGUGGACACAGACAUCAUCUCAGAACGCUCCGAGACUGCUCCUACAGAUAUAGCAGAUGGUGUUGAAGGAAAGACUGCCUGUAUGAGUGAUUCUAUAUUUGUUUCACCAAAACAUGAUGCAAGGAAGAAACAUCUCAAGAAGGAAGACUUUACUGCAGACGACGGUCACUUCAGUUACAACAAAUACUUCAAGAACCUGGUGGACAGCAAGAAAGCCGACCAUACCUACCGUGUGUUCAAGAGAGUUAAUCGUGAAGCGGAAAGCUUCCCCUAUGCCUACGACUUCUCUGGAGAUCGCCAUGUCAAUGCUGAAGGGCUUUCAGUCACAGUCUGGUGCAGUAACGACUACCUCGGGAUGAGUCGACAUCCAAAGGUCAAGCAGGCCGUCGUUGAUACGAUGGCUAAACAUGGAACAGGCGCUGGAGGAACAAGGAAUAUAAGCGGUAACACCACAUUCCAUGAAGCCCUUGAAGCGAAGGUAGCCAAGCUACAUCAGAAGGAUGCUGGUCUCGUCUUUACGUCAUGCUAUGUGGCAAACGAUUCAACCCUGUAUACCUUGGCCAAAUUACUUCCAGGAUGUGAGAUCUAUUCUGAUGAAGGAAACCAUGCCUCUAUGAUACAAGGUAUACGCAACAGCCAAGCCCCCAAGUUUAUAUUUCGGCACAACGACCCAACUCAUCUUGAAGAAAUGCUCCGGAAAGCAGACCCGCUUACUCCUAAGAUCGUUGCAUUUGAGACUGUUCAUUCAAUGACAGGCGCUAUAUGUCCGUUGAAGGAAAUGUGCGAUGUGGCUCACAAGUACGGAGCCAUCACCUUUGUGGAUGAAGUCCAUGCCGUUGGAUUGUAUGGUCGUCAUGGAGCUGGCGUGGGUGAACGUGAUGGCUGUAUGGCGGACAUGGACAUUGUAUCUGGAACCUUGGGCAAGGCGUUUGGUAUGAUAGGAGGGUACAUAGUGGGCGAUAAUGCUCUCGUGGAUAUGGUACGUAGCUAUGCUGCUGGUUUCAUCUUCACUACAUCUCUGCCUCCUAUGGUAUUAGCUGGAGCUAUGGCUUCUAUAGAUGUGUUGUCUGGUGAAGAAGGUGUUGCACUCCGAACCAAACAUCAGGAUACCGUGUCCAUGAUGAGAGGCAAACUGAUCGCUGCUGGUUUACCCGUGGUGCAUUGCCCAAGUCAUAUCAUUCCUAUACAUGUUGGUAAUCCUCGAGCAAACACCAAUGUCGCCAACUCGCUCCUGGAAGAGCACAACAUCUACGUUCAGGCCAUCAACUCACCAACGGUCCCCUCGGGCGAGGAGAAGCUACGUAUAGCCCCGUCCCCGUUCCACACCCCCGACAUGAUGGACCAGUUCGUCGCCUCCCUUUCGGAGGCGUGGGCCAAGAGCGGUCUACGCUUCAACACUCCCGUCUGCCCGAGGGAGUGCGAGUUCUGCAAAAACCCGGAGAAGUUCGAGGAGCUGUCGUCUCGCGAGAGAAGCUUUGCCGAGGAGAGCUGUGGUUUACGUGUGAGUCAGGGCAUGUCCUGUAUCAAGGCUUGAAUGAAUGCUGCAUAGUCGAUUAUCUUCACGCACUUGCCAUUGGCCUCAGCUUCUGAUACAAAAGAUGGGUAAUGGAGAUUUAAACCUACUAGCCUUAGAUUUAGGUCUAUUGUAAUUGGUAAAGAUAAGACUGACAAAACUUCAUUUGUAUUUUACCCUACAUCUCAGAGAGAAAGGUUUAUUUGAACUUUUUUUUCAGGAAUGCUCUUACAUUUGUUUGUAAAAAAAGUGAUAAUAGUCUUCAUUCAGUUGCUUAUCUUUAUCAUGAAGCCUAAUGGUGUACAUGUCACCAAGCUAUAAGGAUUUUCAGUAUUAGUGAAUUGAUAAUAACAAGAAUAGUCUAAAAGUUUAUCUAAAAUUUAUAUAUUUUGUCUAAAGAGUUAUAUUGCUGAAGGCGUAGAUUUAUGAUGUAGUUAAAGAUGGAUUUUAUGUGUACUUAAAGUAAUAGAAUUGAAUUUCAUAUUGCACUACAAUGAAAAAAAAGAUGUUCUUUAAUUUGGUACUAAAUAUGUAAGACUAUUGCUGUAGCAGAUGUGUAUUAUGUCGUACUACAUGUACUAGACUAAAUUGCUCAUCAAUGUAUGAUAAGGCAUUCGAUAAAGGGAUCAAUUUUGAAGUAGGUCAAGGUUUGUAUAAGUAGGAUCAGUGUAUGGUAUUUGGUUUGCAGUGUAAGUUCUCUAAUUGUUUAGGAAGAUGGUACUGUGCAUAGAUGAUUCAAAAUUAGGGAAUAGUAAACAAAAACUUGCCAUGUAUGUUGAUUACUGGUAUGCAAUUUAAAGAUGACUUUUUGGUAACUUUUGUUUGCAAUUUCUUUUGUACCGGUAUGGUAAUAUUGAGUUAUGUAAGAUUUUGUUGUUCAUGAAUUUAGUUGCCUUUGUAGUAAAAUUGAUUAUGAUGGCUGAAGUAAAAAGCUGUUUUACAGACAUGAUAUUUCUAAGGUUUUAUUUUCAGUUUUUCACUUUUCAUAAGGUUCUUACAAGCAAACUUGUUGGACUUGAGAAAAUCGGUUCAACUUAUCCAUGAUGCUCCUCUUUAGUGACUGAUUCUGUUUAUCGUGGGCAUUAAUCUUCAAUAAGAAUUUAAUCAUACUUAUCUCACAUACCCUUAUCUCAAUUCACAUACUUUGGUUAUGUUUCUCUUCUCUUUUCCAAGGACAUUAAUUAUGCAUUGUUUUACUUUUGUGUAUAUUACAGUAUUGUUUAC